CGAGGCCUGUGCGGAAGCGGAUGGAGCCCUCUUGGGCAGCUGGAAAAAGAGUGCAGGCGCGGUCUCGUUUUCUGUGGGUGGGCGGGUGGUGCCAGCUCCGGAGAGUGCCGGAAGGAGGAGAAAAGGCCGCGGACUGCGGUCGCCCACUACCCACAUCCCGGUCACGAAGGGGUGGAAGCAAAAGGACCUUUACAAUUUGGGCUUAAUUUUACACCUGAGGAGAUAAACCCACGCGAGUUAAUUGGCCAAACGUCGUACAGCUGGUCAGUGGGAGAAUCAUCAGUGUUAGUAAUUAACUCCACCUUGGAUUAACGCCCUAGUUUCUUUAGAAGAACCAGAUGAUUUUAAUCAAAAUUUAAUAUCGAAAAAUGUUCUCUAAAACUAUAGUCUCUGAAGUCCCUUUUUAUUUACUCUCUUUUCUCAGCAGCAGCCCUGUUAAGUUCUUUCAGUGGGAAAAAUGGUGAAGAUGAUCAGUUUCAUCCUUCUCACCACUGUUCUGGUGAUGGGCAGGGAAAGCUGGCUUGUUCGGAGCGUUUAGUCUUCCUAAGAACGAGAUGCGCGUUACUCUGCAGGCUCUCGAGAACUGCCUGCAGGAGCAGGCGCGGCUCAGAGCCCAGGUGCACCUGCUUGAGACCCGGGUCAAGCAGCAGCGAGUCAAGAUCGAGCAGCUUUUGCAUGAGAAGGAAGUCCAGUUCCUUGAUAAAGGAGAGGAGAAUAGCGUCAUUGACCUUGGAGGCAAGAGGCAAUACGCAGAUUGUUCAGAGAUUUUCAAUGAUGGGUAUAAGCAGAGUGGAUUUUACCAAAUCAAACCUCUCCAGAGCCCAGCAGAAUUCUCUGUUUAUUGUGACAUGUCCGAUGGAGGAGGGUGGACUGUAAUUCAGAGACGAUCUGAUGGCAGUGAGAACUUUAACAGAGACUGGAAUGACUAUGAAAAUGGCUUUGGAAAUUUUGUCCAAAAAAAUGGUGAAUAUUGGCUGGGUAAUAGAAAUCUUCACUUAUUGACUACACAAGGAGACUACACAUUAAAAAUCAACCUUGCAGAUUUUGAAAAAAAUAGCCGUUAUGCACAAUAUAGAAAUUUCAAAGUUGGAGAUGAAAAGAAUUCCUAUGAUUUGCAUAUUGGGGAAUAUUCUGGAACAGCUGGAGACUCCCUGGCAGGGAAUUUUCAUCCUGAAGUGCAAUGGUGGGCCAGUCACCAAAGAAUGAAAUUCAGCACAUGGGACAGAGAUAACGACAACUAUGAAGGGAACUGUGCAAAAGAAGAUCAGUCUGGCUGGUGGUUUAACAGGUGUCACUCUGCAAACCUGAAUGGUUUAUAUCACACUGGCCCCUACACGGCUAAAACAGACAAUGGGAUAGUCUGGUACACCUGGCAUGGAUGGUGGUAUUCCUUGAAAUCUGUGGUUAUGAAAAUUAGGCCAAGUGAUUUUAUUCCAAAUAUUGUUUAAUUGUCCCUGCUGGGCUUUCAUUUCUGCAGUUCAUCUUGGUUUAAGUGAUUUGAAAAAUAGCAAAUCUGAACCUUCACAUGUAUAAUGAUGGCAGUUGUUAUGUGCACUACUUUUCUUACUUGCCUUUAUGACUUAAUGUACUUUCAGUACAGCAAAUAUGUGAUAUUCACCAAAUAAAUGUAGAUUAUGUUACUAUUUAA